AGAUCCGGGAGGCCUUCAAGGUUCUGGAUCGGGACGGAAACGGGUUCAUCUCCAAGCAGGAGCUGGGCAUGGCCAUGCGCUCUCUGGGGUACAUGCCCAGCGAGGUGGAGCUGGCCAUCAUCAUGCAGAGACUAGACAUGGACGCUGGCAGUUCGACAUGCAGAGGAUCAGCCUGGAGGAGCUGAAACACAUCCUGUUCUACGCCUUCAGGGACCACCUGACCAUGAAGGACAUCGAGAACAUCAUCGUCAACGAGGAGGAGAGCCUGAAGGAGAACUCCGGGAACUGUCAGACCGAGUUCGAAGGAGUCCACCCUUCCAAGAAGAACCGUCAGACGUGUGUGAGGAAGAGCCUCAUCUGUGCUUUCGCCAUGGCCUUCAUCAUCAGCGUCAUGCUCAUCGCAGCCAAUCAGAUGCUGAGGAACGGCAUGGAGUAGCGGGACCACCGUCAGCCGCAUGCUGCAUGCCGGUGGGCGUGGCCACGUCUCUGUAGAUAGAACCAAAACUACCCGGAGUGACAUCAGCACCCGUUUUUUUUUYCUAUAUUUGACUUGAACGAGGAGCGCGUCUCCACCUGACGUCUAAAUCAAUAAAACCACGAAGCCAGCAGCAGGAGUCGUGCGGGACUCCGCCCCCUUUACUCCCACAGGGACUCGUGCGGGACUCCGCCCCCUUUACUCCCACAGGGACUCGUGCGGGACUCCGCCCCCUNCCUUUACUCCCACAGGGACUCGUGCGGGACUCCGCCCCCUUUACUCCCACAGGGACUCGUGCGGGACUCCGCCCCCUUUACUCCCACAGGGACUCUCAAGGGCUGACAUCACAUCCAACUCACCGUCGUCUCCGUUUCCCUGAUGCAAUAAAAAUAUGUUUUGUUUAAAGGAGAAGUGCAGGAGUUCAGCAGCCCCACGAGGAGCCUGAGGGACGAGCGGAGCAACAAGCAGAAACACUGAAGCACAAGGAUCUGCUCACCUGAGUCUGAGGCCAGGUGAGCCUGAGGAGGAAACUUCAGCUCAUCUGAAGCUCGUUUCAGCAGGAGAACGCAGGAAGUCGUUUUCUUACUGCUUCCUGUUUGUCCCAUCAAAACCUGAGUUGAGAAAAUAUAAAUAAAACCAAAAUGCGGUUUGUAAUGACAUCAACCCAUAUUUUAGUCACAAUAGAAAGCAUUAAAUGCAAAAAAAAAGGUAUAAAAAAGUCAAAUUUCUUUUUCAAAAUAUUUCAUGUUCCACUGCGACUAAAACCUGGGUUUAUAAGGUUUAUAAAUCUGGUUUUAUUCACCUUUUAAACAACAAACCAGCUUUUUCACAAUGACUUGUCUGUGGUGAUUCAGCUGCAGCUCGUUAAACAUUGUUAAACUCAGAUUGGACUUUUUAUUUCAGAUGAUCUCAUAAAAUAAUAAGCUGAUAAUUACAGAUUUGGACAGAUUUUCACAAGUGGAGCUCAGAACGUGUCCGCACAAAACGAGCUAAAGAUCAAACAUCUCUGGAAGACCUCAUUCUGUAACAACAACACAAAAUAAUGUAAUAAAACCAGGCUUCAACAUGUAAUAAACUCACGCUGAAACAUGUAAUAACUGACACAAAAUGUAAUAAGUCUUCAACGCAUUUUGUAAUAACGUUAUUACAUUUUGUGGCAGUUAUUACAUAAAGCAGUUUUAGCGAGUUUAUUACAUUAUUACAGAACGUGUUGUUUUUACAAUCUCACACUGAAAGUUUUAGGUUUAUAGAAGAGCUUGUAAAAAGCCGCCUGCCUCAGCUGAACAGUUAAAAUUAUUGUUUUGUUGCUUGUGAGAAUUGUUGCAGCUGGAAUCUCAUGUUGGCCACUUGUUGCAGAAAAUACUGAGAAAAUGAGCGACUUUUGAACAAAGUUGUUGUAAAAUCUUGUCCCUCAUACGGAGGAACAAAACUGACAAUUGGAAAUAAAAUCAGAAAUAUAUAAAUGGACAAUAAAUAAAUAAAUAAAUACACUUAAAUUAACAAAUUAAAC